AUGUUGAGACACUUCACAAAUGGCAAGGAGUUGGUAAGGCAUGCAGUCACCCAAUUUGCUACUUCAUUUUUCUCUUUGGAAAGGCUUUAUGAGGAGAAAGAAAAUAUGAGAAGAAUGUUCACCUCGGAUGAAUGGGCAAAGAAUAAGUUGUCAAAGGAGGCAAAGGGGAGGAAGGCAACAAAGAUUGUUCUCAUGCCCUCUUUUUGGAAUCAUGUCAAGUACACCCUUAAGAUCUUGGGCCCUCUUGUUCGGGUGCUUAGACUUGUUAAUGGGGAGAAGAAGCCACCAAUGGGAUAUAUUUAUGAAGUAAUGGAGAAGGCAAAGAAAUUCAUCAUAAAAACAUUUCUUAAUGAUGAGAGCAAGUACAAUGAUGUUUUUAAAAUUAUUGACAACAGAUGGAAUUACCUACUUCAUCGUCCGUUGCAUGCAGCCGGUCAUUUUCUGAAUCCCGAGUUAUUUUAUGACAACCCUUGGAUUGAGCUGGAUUUAGAAGUUACAAAGGGGUGGCAUGAAGCUCCAAACAUGCGAGACCUUGCUAUCAAGAUCUUGAGCUUGACUUGUAGUACUUCUGGAUGUGAGCGCAAUUGGAGUAUAUUCGAGCAUAUUCAUACUAAGAAAAUAAAUAGGCUUGAUCAUGAAAGGAUGGAGAGUUUGGUCUUCAUAAAGUAUAACCAACAACUCAUCGAGAGGUACAUCCUUAAAGAUGAAGUUGACCCUAUUGCACUCAAUGAUAUUGAUGAGUGUAAUGAGUGGUUAGUGGAAGAAAUUGGGACUGCCACCUUUCAAGAUGAUAAUAAUGUGGAUGAUGAUGCUGAUUUGGUUCAUCAAGAUAACAACACUUUGAGUUGA